AUGACUCUCUCAACACAUGGACCUGGAGGAAUUGUUCUCAACUCAAAAUUGCACAGCUGGAUGAACAUUUUCGUGAAAGAAGUACACUCCAAAGUUCCUGGUGUGACUGGUAGUGAUCAAGAAAGUGUAUCUUAAACGUGGACUGGAGAAGCCAUUGCAUCCAGUCAGAUAAGGCGAUCAAAUAUGUAUGGAAGAAGGGAGGUACGGAGGGAAGUCCUAGCUCCAUUCCUUUUAGAAAGUCAGCUGUGUCCAAGGUGUACACAACAAACCACAGUAAUGAAUUACAAGGAAAUCUUGCUGACUUAAUUGUCCACAACAUCAAAACAGCAUGCAAAUUCUAUGCAUGCAUGCAUGAA